ACUUCAAGCAUUUUUCUGAGAACCAAUGACGUCAUGUAUAGAACCCACUUCCGCUCCUGUCAAAUACCGUAGCAAGACGGGUAUUCCCCAUUUAGCCUCUAUACGCUGACAUGCGAAGGUUACUAGUAUGUCUUUGCACUUUGUGAUGCCCUGCAGUCCAGAUGACGAGUGCAUGUAGACUAUAAAACUAUAAGCUAGAGGACUAGAGAAGAAAAUGGAAGUCGAUAAUUUCAGUGUUUGGAUGGAAAAUGCAUCGUGUCAAAUGGACGAAAUGCUAAGAGCAUUUGAUGAGCAGUUGUUCUUAACAGAUGAUCAUAAGAGAACCUUGUCAACUAUAAAAGACAUAAUUGCCGACCAAAUCAAUAACUGGAAUGUUCAAAAACUGCGUGCCCAAGUUGGUUGGCCUGUACCACCUGACUUAGAUGUCCUUCAACCACUUUGUGAAAAGAUUUCUCUGUUGCUCUUGAAACAAAUGCAACAAAUGAAGCAGUACUGGGAAGUUGAGUUGUCUGAAUAUUUCAAAGGAAUGUACAAUGAAGCAAAAAGAACUUUUGCUGCGUUUAUCAAAAGAUGCCUUGUAAUUGAAAAACAGCCUUCAUCAAUUGUAGUUAAGGGUACCAAUGGGAAACACAUAGAGGUGUCUCUGAGACUCUUAUUGGGGAAAAGAUUUUUCCAAGAGAUAUCCUACUUUCCAGACAAUGUUACUUUUUUUCUUCACUUGUAA